AUGGAGUCUACCGGCUCGACGGCGACGGCCCACGCCCAGAACUCGGGCCACAAGGUUCGCCGCCCGAGGGCGGCCAGGGCGUGCAAUCUCUGCCGGCUGAAGAAGAACAAGUGUGACGAACUGUACCCUUGUACCUACUGCAGGAAUCGCAACGUCGAAUGCGUAUAUCAAGGCCAGGACUCAUCGAGGAGACGGUACACGCCCGAAUAUGUCAGGGGCCUGGAGCAACAGGUGGAACAGCUGUCAGCCCAGCUCGAGGCGCAAGCAGCAGGCAGCUCAUCCUCGGUCAAGUCAGGCUUCUCUGCCCCAGGCCAGUAUGCUACUAACCACGCCGCCCCGCCGUCCGGCUCGCCCGGGACCAGCGUUGCGCUGUCUGCCACGCCGCCAACCACCACCACCACCACCACCACCACCAACAUCACGACCCGGGCGCGCCAGAGGAGCGGCCAGGAGGUCACGGCCGUCAACAGCCACACCCGCAACGUCGAGUUCUACGGCAGCUCGUCGUCGGUCGCCCUGCUGUCCCAGGUCCAGCGCGGCGGCGGGCGCUCACCCGCGUCAUCCGAGGCCGGCGCCAGCGGUGCCGGCGAGCACUCCGAGUCGGACGCUGCCGCCGCCGCCCUGCUGUCCAACCUGCAUAACCCGGCCUUCUCGCCGCCCACGCUGGACGCGCAGGACCAGGGUGUUGCUGCCGGGGGCGGCGCUGGCGCCGGCAGAGGGGCCGACGAGGGGACGACGGUCCUGUCCGUUGAGGAGGCGCAUCUAUCGGCCAUGGAGCCCGCCUACUACCGCCAGUGCAGCGUCUUCCUGCACAACUUCUUCUCCACCAUGCACUACAUCCACCCCAUGGUCGACAAGACCUCCUUCCUCGAGCGGUGCGAGAUACUUUGGUCCGGCGACAAGGAGGCCAUGAGGCAGCACGCCAGCUUCGUGCCGCUUUAUUUCAGUAUCAUGUCCAUCGGCGCCCUGGUUGGUUACAGGGACAUUGAGCCCGUCGGCGGCGUCAGCAACCAGAAGUGGAGCCGGCGCUUCUUCAACGAGGCGAGGGCGAGGUUCAAGGACCUUGAGCUCGCCACCGACUUGGAGAUGGUCCAGACCUUCUUCUUCAUGGCCAAGGUCUGCCAGAACGAGCUGAAUGCGCACUGGUCUUACUUCUACAUCGGCAUGGCGGUGCGGACAGCAUUGGCGGUGGGUAUCAACCGCGAGCCAGGCUCCAACUGCAAGAAAAGCCCUGCCCAGCUCAGAGCAGAAGCGAGGACCUGGUGGGGCAUAUAUUCCCUGGAAGAAGAGCUGUCAUUUGCGAUGGGGCGCCCAAGUGGACUCGGCGCCGAAGAGUACCAUAACCGCGCCUUUCCCCUAACAGAAUUUACGCCGGGCUUCGACCCGGGCUCUCCUUUAUUAGAUCCACCACACUGUGCCAUCAUAGAACACAUGGUUCACUUCUCCAGGCUGAUACGGCAGGUCUGCAUAGACAUCUACCUGCCCCAGAACUCAGCCGCCAGGACGGUCGAGCUGGCGCAGCACCUCGACCAGCGCUUCGAUAGCUGGGUGGCCCACCUUCCGGAGCCGAUACGUCCGAGGCUGGAGUCCGGCCAGUCGAUCAAGAUAGGCAGCCACAAGGAGGCUAUGUGGAUGAAGAGGCAGAAACUCGUGUUGAACAUGCGCUACCUCAACCUCCGCAUAUUACUGUUUGGAUCCAUCCUCCUGACUUCUACACCUGCCGAAAGGUCGUCCGUGCCAGGGUCACACGAGUGUGUUCAGAAAUGUCUGGAUUCGGCGAAGAGGACCAUCGAAAUAAUCCACGAGACGUAUCACCACCAGGAGUUCUUCCGCACAUGGUUUUACAACACAACAUACACCAUAUUCGCGACGUCCAUCAUCCUGGUGUACAUCAACCAGGAAGCCUCCGAGGCGGAGAUGGAUCCUCUCGUGAGGCUCGUGCACAUGGCAAUAGAGGUCCUCGAGACCAUGGCGGACGAGUGCGUCGUCGCCGGCAAGUCGGCCAAGCUGCUGCAGAAGGCCAUGGAGAAGUCAGCCACCACGCGGCACGAGAAGAGCUCAGAGCGCCUCGCCGCGACACUUAUGUCCACGAACGGCGGGGGCGAAGUCCCGGCGUUAGAAAACAUGGGCAGCGGAGCCGGAGUCAACGGCCCUGCCACCGCGGCUGCUGUUCCUGCUCCUGAGGAUGGGUUCACGGACCCCAUGGCCGCGAUGCAGUGGCGGCAUUGCUGGGCUCCUGUCAACCUUCUUGACAGCGACGUCAUGGAUUUUGACUUUGGCAUCCCCUUUAUCGACUUUGACGAGAGAGCCAUUCCCGGGACUGAGCACCCUGUGUGA